AUGACCCCUCAGCUGAGGUUAAGCGAGGGUGGUGCGGGCUCCAUGAUGUGGCGCCAGGCUCCAGCCAAGAAAAGCAAGACUUCAGCUUCACAAGCCUUGGUAUACCUGGGCCUGAGGGUCCACGAGGAAUACCUGGUCCACAAGGAAUACCUGGUCCGCAAGGAUGGCAUGGAUGGCAAGGUCCUCAAGGAAUCCGCGGUCCUCAAGGACUGCGUGGGUGGCAAGGUUUGCGUGGUCCUCCAGGCAUUUCUGGAAGAGACGGGGUGGAUGGAGUACCAGGAGCGCAAGGCAGACGUGGACCUCGAGGAGGGAGAGGUAGGCGAGGUCGGAGAGGCGCACAGGGUGAAAGGGGGGUACCGGGCGAGCGAGGGCUGCAGGGUCAGAAUGGAGACACGGGGGAGAGAGGACCAACGGGCGGUAGAGGGCCGCCGGGCGAAAGAGGACCAGAAGGCAUAA